AUGGUAGACCAAGGAACGAAAUCCCUUUUGGAGUAUGGUAUUCCUGAUACGACAACCGGACUCCUCUCUAGAAUUGUCAGGCCACCUGUCACUGCUCAGCACUUCGAAUUGAAACCACAGUUCAUUCAAUUCAUAUCUAAUGAUUCAUUUGCACGCACACCACAUGAUUGCCCAGUAAGUCAUAUUGAUGGUUUCUUGGAGAAAUGUGAUACUAUGAAAAUGAAUGGUGUUACAGAUGAUGCUAUCAGACUUCGCCUUUUCCCUUUUUCACUACGGGAUAGGGCGAAAGAAUGGUUGAGAGAUGAAGGCACUGGCUCAUUUGAUACAUGGGACAAGCUAGUGAAAGCUUUCCUGGUCAAGUUCUUGGGACAGGAAAAGACUGCAAGGCUAAGAAACGAACUAUCUACCUUCAGCCAGUUAGAUGAUGAGUCCCUUUAUGAAGCAUGGAGCAGAUUUAAGCGCUUACAGAGACAAUGCCCUCAUCACGGUAUCCCAGAGUGGCUGUUGAUUCAAACCUUCUAUAAUGGCCUAACCCAUGAGUUCCAAAUCUACAUUGAUGCUGCAUCAGGGGGUUCUCUCUUGACAAAGAACCCAACUAAGGCAAAGGAGCUCAUAGAGAAGAUGGCGGCCAACGAUAACUACCAUCCAGGAGGUCGGCAUAAUGCGAAAAAGGGAGGUAAACUUGAUGUAGAUGCUUUGACUAUGUUAACCAGUUCUGUGCAGGCACUAACAAGCAGGUUUGAUAAGUUCCAAGCUGGAACUUCUACUAGCCCACUGGAGGUUUGUCAACUGUGCAAUGUGCAGGGCCACAUCGCACCGGAUUGCCCGCAGAACAUGAGUGAGAUGUCUAUUGAACAAGCCAAUGCUUAUUACUCUUCGAACCCCAAACAACCUUUUGAUCCCUACUCCAAUUCUUACAACGAAGGUUGGAAACAUCCCAACUUCUCUUAUAAGAACACCCAAGCACAACAGAAUCUACCAUCACUACCAUCCUUACCCGACAACUGCAACUCACCGCUCGGUUUCCAACAAAGACCACCUAUGAACCAACAACCAACGCAACUACUUCCCCAAAAAUCAAGCCUUGAGUUAAUGAUGGAGAGCUUUAUUACCGCAACCAAUAGUGCCAUCCAACAACAAGGUAGCUCUAUCCAACAACAAGGUAACUCCAUCCAACAAUUGCAAGCCCAGAGUAAGCUCAUGGAAACCCAAAUAAGUCAACUUUCACAACAGGUGAGUCGCCUAUCAACUCUUCAUGACCAAGCAAAGGUCCAGAAAGAACAAUGCAAUGCAGUUUUCUUGAGAAGAGAUGAACCAUCUAUGAGGCAAAUAGGUGAGAAGAUGUGCAGUGUGGAGUCUAGGAAGGAUGAAAGGGGCAAAGAUGUCCAAGGCCCCAAAUAUGUUGCUCCACCGGCUUAUGAGGAACCAAUGCCUUUCCCGCAAAGGUUGUCAAAAGCCGUACUCGAUAGACAUUUUGGGAAAUAUUGCGAAGCCCUUGAGAAGGUACACGCUUCUACUCCCUUUUCCGAUCUUUUAAUUCAAAUGCCUCAAUUUGCAAAUUUUGUGAAGAAUAUUAAAGAUCAACAUGAGGAUACGGAAGUAGUAAAUUAG